ACAUUUCUUACGUUUGCAAAUUAAUGGACAGAAACAUGGAGGUUGACGAGGAAGAAUUUGAGGUGCCUUCCAGCAGUAGUAAGGGCGAAAAGAAGCGCUUCGAGGUUAAGAAAUGGAACGCCGUAGCUCUAUGGGCCUGGGAUAUCGUUGUUGACAAUUGCGCCAUUUGCCGCAACCACAUAAUGGACUUGUGCAUCGAGUGCCAGGCUAACCAGGCCUCUGCCACCAGCGAGGAGUGUACCGUGGCCUGGGGCGUUUGCAAUCACGCCUUCCACUUUCACUGCAUUUCACGUUGGCUGAAGACUCGUCAGGUGUGCCCCUUGGACAACCGCGAGUGGGACUUCCAGAAGUACGGUCACUAGGCUUUACUAUAGUAUCUCCUUCCCAACACAACACCACACCGUUCUGCUUCUCCUAAAAACCACAUGUAACAAAACCCCAUUUUCUUUGUGGACUCCCAUCAUAGCCACAAAGCACCUAGAUCUCGGGGCACACACCAAACAACCCCAGGAUAUUGGGCUUCACACCACACAAACUCCCGUAUCAUCGGAAACACAGCACGGCUCCAGGGGUUCAGUAAACUCUUAGAUGUAAGCCUGGGGAAAAGCCCGAAGCUCUCCUCGUUUCACGACAAAAACUUUGUACUGAAAUAAAGAAGAAAUCCUUGAUUUGCGUGAAAUCCUUUA